UGUUGAGUUUUAACCUUCUCUGUGGACUACGGUGAUACUCUCUGUGAGCUACGAGAGAGGGAGAGGGAGAGAAUACGCCAUGGGAUGGUUUCUCUGUUCUGGAAGUUCAAAUAAGAAGGAAAAGAAGCAGCAGGUUCACAAGGAAGACGAUCCGAUCCCAUCAACUUCAGAAAAAUUGAUGGUAAAGGGGUCGUUUAAUGGGAAGAACGAGGCUCUAAAAGAUGGAAGUUCUGAUCAGAUUUCAGCACAAACAAUUACAUUCUCAUUUCGAGAGUUGGCAGCUGCAACAAAGUAUUUUAGAGCAGACUGUCUUUUAGGUGAAGGAGGUUUCGGUCAAGUAUAUAAAGGACGACUGGAGAGCAUAAAUCAGGUAGUUGCCAUCAAGCAACUUGAUCGAAAUGGACUACAAGGAAACAGGGAGUUCCUCGUUGAAGUACUAAUGUUAAGCCUACUCCAUCAUCCAAAUCUUGUUAAUUUAAUUGGCUAUUGUGCGGAUGGUGAUCAGAGACUUUUGGUUUAUGAAUACAUGCCAUUGGGAUCUUUGGAAGACCAUCUACAUGAUCUUCCACCCGAUAAUAAACGACUCGACUGGAAUACAAGAAUGAAAAUAGCUGCUGGUGCUGCAAAGGGCUUAGAGUAUUUACAUGACAAAGCUAACCCCCCAGUUAUAUAUCGUGAUCUGAAAUGCUCUAACAUCCUGCUCGGUGAAGAUUACCAUCCCAAGUUAUCCGAUUUUGGCUUAGCAAAAUUGGGCCCCGUGGGGGAUAACACUCAUGUGUCCACAAGAGUGAUGGGAACUUAUGGAUACUGUGCUCCUGAGUAUGCAAUGACUGGCCAGCUCACUUUAAAAUCAGAUGUUUAUAGCUUUGGAGUCGUUCUGCUUGAAAUUAUUACUGGCAGAAAAGCGAUCGACAAUUCAAGAGCCGCAGGGGAACAUAAUUUGGUAGCAUGGGCACAUCCCUUAUUUAAAGACAGAAGGAAAUUUUGGCAGAUGGCUGAUCCAUUGCUCCAAGGACAGUACCCAGUCAGAGGCUUAUACCAAGCUCUUGCAGUAGCUGCAAUGUGUGUUCAGGAACAGCCUCAUAUGCGACCCCUUAUUGCCGAUGUCGUCACAGCCCUGACAUACCUUGCCUCCCAAAAAUUCGAUCCCGAACCCCAGACAGUUCAAAACCCUCACAGUAGCUCGUCUACCCCUAGAUCUUCUAGAAGAGAACUGUGAAUUUGUUCAGACAAGAAGCUAGCAUGAAACCAACCAAUAUGUUCAAAAUCUAAUCAUCUGAUUGUUGCAAUCUUCAUAACCCCUUCUCAGCUUUCUCUAUGUUUCCAUGCUCUGAUGCGAUGAACGAGUACACAGACAUGUCUCAUGGUGUCUGUUUAUUAACCUCUUCUAAGCUGCAGUUGCAUACCAGAUAGCUCCUCCUCUACUCCCAGGUUUUGAUCUCCUCAGAAAACUUUUAAUUCUUUUGUGAUAAUUUUUAUAAUUUAUUCUUCCUCGCCUGCUUCAAUCCGUUUGCUUCUCCACCUCCCCUCUCCUUUCUGUUUAUUUUGCACAAGAUUCUUUAUGUACAAUUGAGCUUGGUGUUGUUUGUAUCUAUAUAGAAAUAGAUCUCUGCUUCAAGGAUUGGAGCAGAACUAAUAGAUGGGACACAAUUUCUCCCUUGA